AGAGCCGCUCCUUGUGUUUCCUUCCUCCAUGUCUCCCAUGCGCGAUCCAGCCUUUAUACAUAGAGAUCAGUGGAUCUUGCCAUCUUAGCUGCUGUAUUAGCUCGUAUUAGCUUUUGUACAGUGGCUUUUUGUAUGAGCCAAGCCGAGACCGUCAUCCGUCAUGUCCAUGGUCAUGUCUGAGGAGGCAAAAGAGGAGAAUGUGCAGGAAUACAAAAUUGACGGAGAGUCGGAGCUGCGAUUUGAAGUCGAGGGGGGGAAGGAAAAAGUAACUGUUGAGUUAAAAUCAGGUUUGGCAGAAAUUUUUGGUGCAGAGCUAGUCAAGAACAGAAAGUUCACAUUUGGUGCUGGAGCAAAGGUAGCUGUAUUCACAUGGCAUGGUUGCACUUUGGAAUUGUGUGGCAAGACUGAAGUGGCCUAUGUAGCGAAAGAAACACCCAUGAUCUUCUACGCAAACAUUCAUGCCGUCUUGGAGCAGAUGAGGCAGAAAUCUGAAGAGGAUGAUACCAAAGGGCCAACGGUCAUGGUGGUCGGUCCAACAGAUGUAGGCAAAACCAGCCUAUGCAGAAUUCUCCUAAACUAUGCAGUGAGACAGGGCCGUCGACCCAUUUUUGUUGAUUUGGACGUUGGACAGGGUCAUAUAUCAAUACCAGGGACAAUAGGGGCACUCUUGGUGGAACGUCCUGCAGACAUUGAAGAAGGAUUUUCUCAGCAGGCUCCUCUGGUGUACCAUUUUGGCCACAACUAUCCAGGUGCCAAUGCGACUCUCUACAAUGUCCUUGUCUCACGAAUGGCUGAAGUGAUUAACAUGCGUGCUGAAAGGAACAAGAAAGUCAGUGCUGGUGGUAUCAUCAUCAAUACCUGUGGUUGGGUCAAAGGCUUCGGAUACAAGGCAAUAACGCAUGCAGCCUUAGCAUUUGAAGUGGAUGUGGUUCUGGUACUGGACCAGGAGAGGCUCUACAAUGAGCUGGUCCGUGACAUGCCCAGCUUUGUCAAAGUCGUCUUCACACCAAAGUCUGGAGGGGUUGUUGAAAGGAGCAAGUCGAUGCGGUCAGAAAGUAGAGAUGCAAGGGUUAGAGAGUAUUUUUAUGGCUUGAGGAAUCCCCUGUACCCGCACUCCUUUGACGUCAAGAUAAGUGACAUCAAGCUGUACAAGAUUGGAGCACCAUCGCUACCAGACUCUUGCAUGCCUCUUGGGAUGAAGGCCGAAGACAACCACACCAAGAUUGUGCCCGUUCAAGUUGGACCUAACGUACUACAUCACAUCAUGAGUGUCAGUUUUGCUGCAAGCAGUGAAGAGGACAUCCUUCAAACAAACGUUGCAGGAUUCAUCUGUGUUACCGACGUGGACGUGGAACGACAGACCAUCACAGUGCUGUCCCCACAGCCCAGGCCUCUUCCCAAGGCUGUGCUGCUCAUGAGUGAAAUACAGUUUAUGGAUUCCCACUGACUCAUUUGUAAAUAAACAUCCUUUAGCAUCUU